AUGGCAGCAGGGGCAGCGGUCAGAGCCUGGAUGCUAGUCCUCUGCCUGUGGGGGGCAGUCACAGGGGACCAAAACAUCACAGCCCGGAUCGGGAAGCCACUGGUGCUGAACUGCAAGGGAGCCCCCAAGAAACCACCCCAGCAGCUGGAAUGGAAACUGAACACAGGCCGGACAGAAGCUUGGAAGGUCCUGUCUCCCCAGGGAGACCCCUGGGAUAGCGUGGCUCGGGUCCUCCCCAACGGCUCCCUCCUCCUGCCGGCUGUUGGGAUCCAGGAUGAGGGGACUUUCCGGUGCCGGGCAACGAGCCGGAGCGGAAAGGAGACCAAGUCUAACUACCGAGUCCGAGUCUAUCAGAUUCCUGGGAAGCCAGAAAUUGUUGAUCCUGCCUCUGAACUUAUGCCUGGUGUCCCCAAUAAGGUGGGGACAUGUGUGUCUGAGGGGGGCUACCCUGCAGGGACUCUUAGCUGGCACUUGGAUGGGAAAACUCUGACUCCUGAUGGCAAAGGAGUGUCCAUGAAGGAAGAGACCAAGAGACACCCGGAGACAGGGCUUUUCACACUCCAUUCGGAGCUGAUGGUGACCCCAACUCGGGGAGGAGCUCUCCACCCCACCUUCUCCUGUAGCUUCACCCCUGGCCUUCCCCGGCGCCGAGCCUUGCACACGGCCCCCAUCCAGCUCAGGGUCUGGAACACUGUGCCACUGGAGGAAGUCCAGUUGGUGGUAGAGCCAGAAGGGGGAGCAGUAGCUCUUGGUGGGACCGUGACCUUGACCUGUGAAGCCCCUGCCCAGCCCCCACCUCAAAUCCACUGGAUCAAGGAUGGCAGGCCCCUGCCCCUUCCCCCUGGCCCCGUGCUGCUCCUCCCAGAGGUAGGGCCGGAGGACCAGGGAACCUACAGUUGUGUGGCCACCCAUCCCAGCCAUGGGCCCCAGGAGAGCGGUGCAGUCAGCAUCAGCCUCAUCGAAACAGGCGAGGAGGGGACGACUGCAGGCUCUGUGGAAGGGCCGGGGCUGGAAACCCUAGCCCUGUCCCUGGGGAUCCUGGGAGGCCUGGGGACAGUCGCCCUCCUCAUCGGGGUCAUCAUGUGGCAUCAAAGGCGGCAACGCAGAGGACAGGAGAGGAAGGUCCCGGAAAACCAGGAGGAGGAAGAGGAGGAGCGAGCGGAACUGAACCAGCCAGAGGAGCCCGAGGCAGCAGAGAGCAGCACAGGAGGGCCUUGA